AUGAGUGGAAAUAAGGAAAAAGUCGCGGAAUGUUGUGUUAAAACGUUGGAUAUAGAGAAUGGAAAAUAUAAAGGAUGGGGCUACAGAUACCAGCAGUGCCUAAUCUUAUUCCUAUCACUCACGAUAGCUUAUAGCUUGCGAGCAUGUAUGGGUGUAUCUUUAGUAGCCAUGAUACAACAUGACAUACAAGCCAAUGCAAAUCAUACAAAUGAAACAAUAGCAAAUAAUACAGACAAAUCUAGAGAGCAAUAUGCAGAUUUGUAUGUUGAUGAAGAGGAUUAUAAUGCAAGAGGAUUUUUGAACAUAUUAAUGCUUACACCACCUUACCCAAAGUUGAAGUGGACUAAAACAAUACAAGAUACAGUACUGACGUCUUUCUUUUGGGGUUAUAUGAUACUGCAAAUUCCUGCUGGACAGAUUGCUCACCGCUUCGGUUCCACCUACUUGCUGUUCAGUGCACUCGCUAUCAAUUGCCUUGUGUCCUUGUUCUUUCCACUGGCAGCGUUUUAUGGAAGUUGGAAGUUAUCAAUAGCUUGUCGUAUAAUCCAAGGCUUAAGUCAAGCCUUCAUUGUUCCUUCAGUGCACACAACUUUAGGGAAAUGGGCACCUUUAGCCGAGCGAGGCAGGAUGACAGCAACAGUCUACGGUGCGCAAGCACUAGGAACCGUCCUUGGACUGCCUAUUACCGGUUUCAUUGCAUCAUCAAGUAUGGGAUGGCCUGGUAUAUUCCGUUUCUACGGAUUACUCUCGGGUAUUAUAGCUGGUGUGGUAUUGUGGUUUGGCGCUGACAGUCCAGCCAAGCAUCCUAAUAUAUCAGAGGCUGAAAGGUUUUAUAUAGAAGCCGAUUUGGGACAAAAGGGACACAACUCAAAUAAACGUUUACACGUGCCCUGGAGUCGCAUACUAUGUUGUAGAGGACUGUAUGCAGUUAUAAUAGUGCAUAUAGGCCAAGUAUGGGGACAACUGGUCUUAUAUUCGGAGGUACCUAUGUUCAUGAACAAUGUCAUGGGUAUUAACAUCAAAGCAAAUGGUUUAUUGACCGCUCUCCCAUUUUUUGUGAUGUGGUUCACAAAUUUCUUCUUCAGUUGGUUUGGUGAUAUGCUCAUCGUGAAACAGUACCUCAGCGUUACCAACACUAGAAAGCUUGCAAACUCUAUGGGUUGUGUCCCAGCUGCUCUAGGAUUUGUGGCGUUAGCAUAUGUACCAAAAAACAUCUACGUUGUUGAAUCUAUAUUAGUUUUCAUCUGUGCUUUCAAAAUAUCAGCGCACGUUGGCUUUCAAGUAAACCCAAUAGAUAUAUCACCAAAUUUCGGAGGUACCAUGAUGAGCAUCAGUAACUUCGCUGCAAGCUUACUGGGUUCUCUUGCGCCGAUUACAGCUGGACUGAUCCUUACUGAUAUAAAAAGCGAACGUUUGUGGGGAUACGUCUUCUUGACAACUGGCGCAAUUUAUUUCUUCUCAAAUCUGGUCUACGUGUUAAUGGGUACAGCAGAAUUAGCAGACUGGAAUACUCCCAACGAUGCUGAGAAGAAACAAGAAGAUGAAGAAGCGACUGUACCAAUUAUUAAAGAAUUAAACAAUAAAAUUCUUAAUACAUGA